CCCGCAUAGGCUACACACGGUCGUCGUCGACAGAAAGCUAAACAGCCACCACAAACCUCUUCAGUAUCAGGAGGGUAACCUUUCCAGAUCUCUUUUGAACGGAACAUCGCAUUUGAACAAGAACAGAAGAGUAACGAUAAGUAAUAGAUCCUACUGUGAAAUAGAUGUCUGCCCCCCUCGGUCCAGACAUGCCUGUGCCAGUACCUAAACCAAGGACUCGCUACAAGCGGGCUGGAGGGAGCCCACAGAUCCAGCUCUCUUCUGAUCGGGAUUUGAUACACGAUACACCUGACACAGGAAUUCAUAGCAGAGGUAUUCCACCCGCAAAUGAUUUGCUGGCAGAAAAGGAAGACAACCCUGCCAUUAUCCUAAAUAAGCCUGCCAUUACCAGUCCAGCGGAGCAGAAUCCAAGCCCGUGUAACUUCCUUCUCUUCAGAUCUGAUUCUGGAGUGACUCCAUCUUACCCAGUACUGGACAGUAAUGGACUCUGUCCAUCUGUCUGGUUGUCCUUCUCUCCACACAGUCCGGCUGCGGAUACUGACCCCUACGUCAGUCUGGCUGCGGAUACUGACCCCUACGUCAGUCCGGCUGCGGAUACUGACCCCUACGUCAGUCCGGCUGCGGAUACUGACCUCUACGUCAGUCCGGCUGCGGAUACUGACCCCUACGUCAGUCUGGCUGCGGAUACUGACCCCUACGUCAGUCCGGCUGCGGAUACUGACCCCUACGUCAGUCCGGCUGCGGAUACUGACCCCUACGUCAGUCCGGCUGCGGAUACUGACCCCUACGUCAGUCCGGCUGCGGAUACUGACCCCUACAUCACUGACGUAGCUGACUGGGAAAAAUGCCCUGGAUCUGGAUCUGAAUCGUCCAAUGAUGACGAUGCCAUUACUGAAGAAAUAAAGAACCCAUCCCACAUGAACAAUGUGGCGUCAGGGCAUGUUUGUAUUGGUGUUGUCCCCAGCGGGAAACCUCCUGUGGAAAAGGAGUCUAUGCAGACCAGACCUCUCAAACAGAAGAUCCCACGUGCGGCCACCAUCCGUGUCAGCAGGAGAAAACAGGCAGCAGCGAGCGGUGGUGCUACCCAGGCAGCAGAGUCCUCUCGUAGGGAGAAUGUGGUGUCCCGAUCCAGCUGGCUGGAUGUAUGGAAGGGCCGCAGGCACAAUGUUCUGUGGGCCACGCUGGAUGGACCGUUGGUAUCAUUUUGGAAGAAACGCACAGACAAGUUCACAGACCUAGUGUUCCAUGUGUCAAGCAUCACCAACGUCUGCAAGCAGGACAAAGGACGCUUCUCCCUUUACUUCUGCAAGAAACACUUUGAGUUCAUGGCGCACAACAAAGCGGUGCAGGAGGGCUGGGUGACGUCCCUCCUGGCCUCUCGUGGAUGGGACCCCCCAGCCCCUCCGGAGCAGCAUGGAGCCCUGACCAUGAAGGACCCUCGCAGCAACAGAGUGUACGCGGCCAUCUGUGGACACAACCUAUGGAUCUACAACAACAAAGAGGACUUCCAGUUGGGGGUUGGGCUGACCUAUGUGUCCAUGAACGUGGCGUCAGUGAAGCAGACUGGCCGUCAUAACUUCAGCCUCAUCACACCGUACAAAACCUUCAAUUUCUCCACAGACUCAUCGAGGGAGCUGGCGGUGUGGCUGGGGAGUCUGAACCAGGUGAUCCUCAGUGCCCUGUCAUGCAGCGAGGUGGCCCACCGACUCUGGGCCAGCCCAUGGAACAAAGUGUGUGCCGACUGUGGCAGUGCCAACCCCGAGUGGGCCUCAGUUAACCUGCUGGUGGUUGUCUGUGAGGCCUGUGCAGGUCAGCAUCGCUCUUUGGGCAUCCAUGUCUCCAAAGUGAGAAGCCUGAAGUUGGACAGUAAAGUGUGGACUGAACCUUUGAUUCUGCUAUUUGUCUAUUAUGGGAACAAAGCAGCCAAUGAUGUAUGGGGUCACAAUGUGCCGGGUGCAGAGCAGAUCCUGCCAGACUCCUCUGUGGAUCAGAGGGGGGACUUCAUCAGGGCCAAGUACACCAAGGGCCGAUACAGAUUCACCCAUCCUCUAGCCUCCAGCCAGAGACUGCUCAACCAGAGGCUGUGUGAGGUGGUGUGUGGCCCUAAUGUCCCAGAGACCAUGUCAUUGCUGUGCUCGGGGGCCCGGGUCCUGUGCCACUCAGGGGACUCUCAGUGCCCCACGCCCAUCUCCCUGGCAGAGCGGGCUGGACAGGCCAUGCAGACGGAGCUGCUCAGACACAACGAGUACACAGAUGCCCCUGCCUAUGUUCAUCAGGUCACAGGGUCUCUGCUGGGCACCUCUGACCCUCCUUCUGCUGCAGGAGAGGAGGAGCUCCAUGGGAAGUUGGAGGAGGACCGCUUCCUGUUCUCCCAGGAGAAUGACUCUGCAGCCUGUGAUGUUCUGGACCUGAGGGAGGUCAUCUCCAUUUUCCACAGCUCCAACGGAUCGACUCAUGAGUUUGAAAUGGUGACUCUGACGGACGAGUUGGUGUGCAAUGCUGACACUGAAGAGGGUCUACUGAAUCACCUGCUUCAUAUUCUCAGGGUGGUGUUGCCCGGGCCCAUAGAUGAGGAGGAGCUGGACGGGGUGUUUGCUGUGUCCCGGGUGUCUCUGAGGGAGGGAGGAGGCCUGCAGCACACUGAGGUCUGGGCAGUGCUCCGUGGAGGUCAGGUCCUCGUCUAUCCUACUGACCAGCAGCGCCACAGAGAGAGGCUAACACUCAACCCUGAGACUCAAUACAAGAUAGAUUCCUCUGAGAACACCAUAGAGCUGGUCACUGGAGAGAGAACCAUGUCCAUGCAGUUUGAACGAGACCACAGCUGUCAGUCCUGGCACAGCCUACUGAAACGGGCAGUGACCACAAAGAGGAAGCAGCGCCCAUCACUGUACGAGCUGCCACCCAACGCCAUUGGCAAUGUGCCCCCUGCCAUUGAGAGGUGUAUCUCACACAUCACACAAUAUGGCCUGAAGGUGGAUGGGCUGUACCGGCGCUGUGGCUUGGCCACUAAGGUCAGCAUUCUGGUGGAAGCCCUCAGCAGAUCACCUAAAACUGCCCCUCUGGAGAAAGAUGAACAGGGUCUCCUGGACGCUGCAGGGGCCCUGAAGCAGUAUGUCCGCCAGCAGGUGGUGCUCAUCCCUCAGACACAAAGGGAACUGUGGGUCAAGGCUGCAGCCCACACAGAAGAGAACCUUAGACUGGCUACCUACCGCAGACUCCUGAAAAAGCUGCCCCCUGACAACAGAAUCACACUCAACGCCCUGUGUGGACACUUCUACAUAGUUCAGCUGUACAGUGUAGAGAACCGUAUGACAGCUCAGAACCUGGCGCUGGUGUUUGUCCCAACACUGUUCCAGGAGCUGGCCAUGAACACAAACAUGGUGCGCCUCACCAGAGAACUCAUCAUAAACCACACACUCAUCUUCCUGGGUAAAGAACAAGAGUCUGACAUGGAGAGUGAAGAACUCAUAACAAAAUUAUAGAAAAACACAUGUAUAUAUUUGGCUUUGGCUCUCAAAGAAAGCUUAUAUGGGAAAGAUAUAUUUGGUUACAUAGUGCCCCUAGUUACAUAGUGUAGUUUUCACAACUUCUUUGAACUACACAUUUAGGCCAUGGACUGGAUUAAACUUCUUUUUUCUGCUAUAUUCAUUUGGGGAUUAUUGUAAUUUAGGUGAUGGUAAAAUAAUAACAAACCAAGCUCAAAUUGUAUGUUGUUAGUGCCUUCAGAAAGUUCACACCUUUUGACUUUUUCCAAAUUUUGUUGUUGCAGCCAGAAUUGAAAAUAGAUUGAAUUGAGAUGUGUUGUCCACUGACAUUUAAAAAAAAAAAGUGUAAAACAUUUAAUGCUGAAAUGUCUUGAG